AUGACCCGCUCGGAGGCACCCGAAACCCUGGAAGGCUGGUACAUCCAGCACGACAUGUACACGGUGAAGUGGCCCGAGUGGCGCGCCAUGACGCCAGCGGAGCGUGACGUCGUCAUCGCUGAAAGCACCGACUGGCUGGCCGCGCAGGCCACUCCGGAACAGGGCAUGAGCGCCUUCUUCAGCGUCCUGGGCCACAAGGCGGACAUCCUGGCGGUGCAUUUCCGGCCCACGCUGGAAGCCCUCAACGGCGUUGAGCUUGGGCUGCGCCAGACCGCGCUGUUCCCUUACCUGCAGCCUGCCUACAGCUAUCUAUCCGUCGUCGAGUUGGGCUUGUAUGAGGUGCUGGGAGUCGUCAACCGGAAGCUCGCCGCGGAGGGUCUGGAGCCCGGCGUCGAGGGCUACGAGGCCGCCCGCGAACGCGAGUUGGCGGCGCAGAAAGAAGCGCUUCACCCUCGCCUCUAUCCCGCCGUUCCGGCUGGCCGCUACGUGUGUUUCUAUCCCAUGGACAAGAAACGCGGCGAGACCUACAACUGGUACGCGCUGUCCAUGGAAGAGCGCCGGCAGUUGAUGCGCGGCCACGGCAUGGUGGGGCGCAAGUACGCCGGCAAGGUCAUGCAGAUCAUCAGCGGCUCGGUGGGCUUCGACGACUGGGAAUGGGGCGUGACCCUGUUCGCCGAUGACCCGCUGGUGUUCAAGAAGCUGAUUUACGAGAUGCGCUUCGACCCCGCCAGUUCGCACUACGCCCUGUUCGGCGGCUUCUACGUCGGCAUUCGCUUCGAGCCGUCCGAGGUCGGGGCGCUGCUGUCCGGCCAGCCGCCGGCGUAA